AUGUCUGAUAAAGAAAAUGCAGGUGAGGUGGACGAGACUUUUGGCGAAUUGCUCGCCAAUUUUAUACAAAAAAAUCCUUGCCUUUACGAUAAAAGGUGCAAAGAAUACAAAGAUAAACAAUUUAUAGCAGAUACAUGGAGUUCCAUCGGAAAUGCUUGUAAUAUGCCAGUGGACAUGGUGCAGAAGCAGUGGAAGAUUCUUCGUAAUCAGUUCACUCGAGAACAUCGGCUUGAGAAGAUAUUUUUAAAGCCUUCUACUUCUCAAGACGCAACUUCAUUAGAGCUCUUUUCAACGUCAGAACCUUCGACAUCACAUAAAGACAAAAUUCAGUCUGUUUGCGUUGAUGCUGACACUGAUAAUCAUACUCUUCCAAAUAAUUUAAUAUUAAUGUCUUCAGCAUCGUCAACGCCAAUCACUAAAACAUAUUUCGAUGUAGGAUCGCCCACCUUUAACAUUGAAAUUGAUAUUACAAAAUCGCACGAAAAGUUGCCUGAAAGUUUUCCAGAAGAUAGUACAGGAGGUAUACUGCCGAUCUCCAUCUUUAAGAAGAAACUAGCGAAUGGUGAAUUUGUGCCUAGAGAUUGGUUAGUAUGGAGUAGAACAAAGAAAGCCCUCUAUUGUCUGCCAUGCAGAAUUUUCAGCAGACUUCCACAAUCUCAACGAUCAGCUUUAACAUCAUCUGAAGGUUAUUCCACUACACAAAAGUGGAAGAAAUUACAUGACAAAGUACCUGAACAUGAGAGAAGUGCUUCGCACAAGAAUUGUUACAUCGCAUGGAAAACGGAACAGAGAAAAUUGAAAAUGGACACUUCAUUAAGUGGCUUAUUGUUUAAGUUUAUACAACAUGAGCAAGAAGUGUGGAAAGAAAUCUUAAAGCGACUACUUCAUGUAACUUUGUUUUUAUGUGAGAGGGGUUUGACUUUUCGCGGAGACAGUAACAGAAUUGGAGACCUUUCCAAUGGUAAUUUUCUUGGACUUCUCGAACUUCUAGCAAUAUAUGAUCCGAUCCUAAAUGACCAUUUACGGAAAGUGCGUCACUCGCAAAAAACCGGUACAAGACUACAGGUACACUAUUUAUCAUCAGAUAUUCAGAACGAGUUUAUAGAUAUCUGCGCAGCCGAAGUAAUAAACUAUAUUCUUCAAGAACGUGAAAAAGCAAAAUAUGUAAAUUUGACCGAUGAAGCUGGAGGAAUUUAUAAAAUCGAAGAGCGUUUUUUGACAUAUGCUGAUUGUGCUCAAAAAACAGGGGAAGCCAUUACCCAGCUUAUAGUAUCAAAACUUGAGCAAUUUAAAAUUCCUUUAGCAGAUUGUCGAGGACAAGGCUACGACAACGGCAGCAACAUGAAAGGUGCUUAUAAAGGGGUGCAAGCAAAAAUACUGGCUGUCAACAAUCUAGCGAUCUAUUCUGCUUGCGCCUGCUACUCUAUCAAUCUUUGCGGAGUGCAUGCAGCUGAGAGUUGUAGUGCUGCCUUUACAUUCUUCGGAGUUAUACAAAAAUUGUAUAAUUUAUUUAGUUCCAGUCCCCAAAGAUGGGAAAUAUUACAGAAGAAAAUAGGUCACUCUCUGCACUCAACCUCUAAAACUUGCUGGUCUGCCAGAAUCGAGAGUGUAAAACCUUUUGCUGCUCAUCUCCCAGGAAUAGCGGAAGCACUGAAUGAGUUGUCACAUCUCAACUUAUCAGCAGAGUCUCAGCGUGACGUCAAUGGGCUCAAGAAUUAUGUACGGACAUUCAAAUGUUUAGUUAUGUCAUCAAUUUGGGUGAAAAUUUUAAAACCUAUUGACAUAGUCAAUAAAAUAAUUCAGGCUCGAGGGGCAACAGUUGAUGUUACUUGCAAAAAUUUAAGUAGUUUAAUAGCAGAGUUGAAGGCUUUACGUGAUGAAGGAUGGGAGAAUAUUUUGAAUGAAGCUGUCAUCGUGACCAAAAAUAUCGGAUGGCCAGAAUCUUUCCAAGAGGAAACAAAGAGGGGUCGUAAGCGAAGAAAAAUGGCAGACGAAGAAGAAGAUGAAGACGACGGAGCAGGACAAGUAACUGCAGAUGUGACAUUCAAAAGAGAAGUUUUCUAUGUUAUUUUAGAUCAAGUGAUUGAAGACCUAACUGAGCGCUUUAAAUGUAUGCAAGAGCUUUGUGAAAACUUUUCCGUCCUUUGGAAAAUGCGCUCUAUGUUAAAGGACGAAAUUGAAAAACGAGCAACUAAUUUGGUGCGCAAGUAUUCUAUAGAUCUGCAGUAUGAGCUUGUGAAUGAAGCAGAGGAUUUGAAAACCAUUUACGUUGCAAAUUUCGGCGAAGAAACUCUGCAACCUUUAGAACUAUUGAAUGCUCUUCAAAAAAUGAAUCUUGCUUGUUUGUUUCCUAAUUUGUGCAUCGCUCUCCGUAUCUUCCUAACAAUUCCCGCAACAGUAGCUAGUGCUGAAAGGUCAUUUUCUACUCUGAAGUGA